AUUCAUCCAAUUGUUUGGUUCAUUCCUAAUGAAUCGCAAACAAUGAAUGUCUAACGGAUAAUGGAUUUGUCUCACAUGUCACAUCGUGCCCGACGUGCUUUUCUUAAGAAGCUAAAAAGAAAGCGUAAACGUCAAAAAUUAGCCAAGGAAAAUAUCGAGAGGGAGAUCGAAGAGCUAAGUCGGCUCCAACUUUCUCCAUCUUAUCAAGCACAACAGGCUAAGGAGUUGGAGUUAGCCGCACUUGAAGCCAAAGAGCGUGAGCGUAAUGAGGAACUUUGGCAAGAACGUGAGAGGGAGGCACAACGUCAGUGGGAAGAAAAUAAUCGUCAAAAAAUCCUCUUAAAGAAACGCGAGGAGGAGACUCAGCGUAAAAUUAAAGCAGAGUGGGAAAGCAAACAAAUAGAAUCCAAGAAAUUUAUUCCUGAGUCAAAAACACAGGAUGUUCAUGAACAGCAGUCUCCAGACCUUCCACCUUGGCAUCUUCCCCCACCACCCGUACCUAUCCCUACAGUAAUUGAGCAAGUGCCAUAUGGUCCCACCGUUUCUACAGUGAUGGAAAAAUGUAGCUUUUUCCGUAAAACAGGAGCAUGUCGAUAUGGUUUUCUUUGUUCUCGUCUUCAUCAAUAUCCAAGUCCAUAUGACGAUACUAUUGAAUCGUUCAAUAUUGCUGAUGAUCAAGAUGUUGGUGGCUUAGACGAACCAAUAGAUAAUUCUUGUUUAGUUUUACAAAUUCCUAAAAUGUUCACACACUAUCAUUUAGAUUUAACAAAAAAUACCGGUUCAGAGGAUCAAGAUUCUGGUCUUGAAGUAGAUGAAAGUCAGUUACUCUCAGAUUAUCAUGAAUUCUACCAUGAUGUUCGUAUGGAAUUAGAAUCUAGAUGGGGCAAAAUUUCAGUGAUUCGAACAUGUCGUAAUUUAGCUGAUCAUCUUCGUGGUGCAGUUUAUGUUGAAUUCUCAAGGGGUCCAAGUGCAGCAUGGGAUGCUGCUGAAGCUUGCAAUGGUCGUUGGUUUGCUGGACGUCAACUAACGUGUACUGUGGUUAGAUUGGGCGGUGGUUGGAGAGAGGCUAUUUGUGGUCUUUAUCAUCGAGGUAAAUGUCCUAAAGGAGACCUUCAUUGUAAUUUUCUACAUGUAUUUCUUAACCCUGGAGAAACCAGUAAUGAUCUACAAAAAACUUUAUGGCGUCAUGUAGGUCGACUUAUUAGUCCGGUGGAUAAUAAUGGUCACAGUGAUCGUGGACGUUCUUCUACAGUAAAGUCACUUUCCAACGACUCUUCAUCUCUUACCCAUCGUCAUCACCACCAUCAUGAUCGACGUAAAACGCGAAAACAAUCCUCUAGCUCAAUCUCUUCACAUUCAAGGUCCUCUUCUCCAAUAGGGCAUCAUCAUUCAUCUCGGUCUAAAAAUAAUUAUAAAAAUUCCCGUCUAUCUGAAUAUCACAGUCAUAGAAAAUCUAAAAGAAAUAAGCAUUAUAGUAGUGGUAGCAGGAGAUCUUCUUUGAGUCGUUCACCUUCAACAUCAUCAGUUCGUAAGAAGCACAAAAAACAUAUGAACGAAAAAUCUCACAAGAGAAUGAAAAGAGUCAAGUAACAAUAAUAAAGUAUUUGUUUCAUGUAUACUCAUCAACGGAACCAUCAUUUGUUCGCUUGUAUUUGUAUUUCUACAAAUCAGUAUUGGGCUUUCAUUGUCGAUAUGAUAACAUCCAGUAGUUAUAAUAGCAAUAGUAGUAAACUGACAAUAAGAAUCCUGUAUACUCUAUUUUGUUUAUAAUUAUCAGUUGCUUUUGUACUCAAUUUAAAUAUACUCUUAUUAUUAUUAUUCUCGUGCAUUUUCUUUGUAAAUAGUAUUUUCUACUGAAUUUAUAAUGUGUUUGUAUAUGUUGGUCAUAUUCUUGGUAUUAAUCCACAACUCAUGGUUAAUAAAUAUUUGAAAUUUCAAUAAAAACUCUAAAACAAUUGUUUAUUUUUAAUAUUUCAUUUAUUUCAGUCAUUUCCUUGUUUUGUUCAGUUCUCAAACUGUUUUGAUUCGACAUGUUUGUGAAUGUGUGUGUGUGUGUAUUGGUUAUAUUCUCCACUCAUCUAUGGUACCGCCAAAUUGUAUUUACAAAUCAUUCUAUUUAUUGCUUUCAUGAAUGAAUAUCAUUUAGACAUUGUGAACGUGUUAGAGAAAGACUUCGAUUUAUUUGUAUGUUGAGCAAAAAGUCAUCAUUUCUUUCUUAACAAUCUGCAUAUUAUUUCUUUUAUUAUUCGAAAUGUAAUACUUUUGAGAUUGACAAUCGAAUUACUAUGAUAAAUUAUAAUAUGGACCGCCGUCU